AGAGGCAUUAUGGACUCCUGCCUGCGAGGACCCCUAGGUGGCGCCAUUUUGGAGUCGCAGCGGGCUGAGGAAGCGCUGUCUCUUCCGACCCCAUCCCCGGCCGGCGCCCCUCGUCCCGCUCCGGCCUCCAGGAUGAGUGUGGUGGAGCAUGUGCGGGAGAUGGCGGCUGCCGGGCUCCACUCCAAUGUGCGGCUCCUCAGCGGGCUGCUGCUCACCAUGAGCGGCAACAACCCUGAGUUAUUCUCGCCAUCACAAAAGUACCAGCUUCUUGUAUAUCAUGCAGAUUCCCUCUUCCAUGACAAGGAAUAUAGGAAUGCUGUAAGUAAGUAUACAAUGGCCUUGCAGCAGAAGAAAGCAUUAAGUAAAACUUCAAAAGUAAGACCCUCUACUGGGAAUGCUGCAGCCACUCCACAAAGUCAGUGUCUGCCAUCUGAAAUUGAAGUGAAAUACAAGAUGGCUGAAUGUUACACAAUGUUGAAGCAAGAUAAAGAUGCUAUUGCUAUACUAGAUGGAAUUCCUUCAAGACAGAGAACCCCCAAGAUUAACAUGAUGUUGGCAAAUUUGUACAAGAAGGCAGGUCAAGAACGCUCAUCUGUUACCAGUUACAAAGAAGUGCUGAGACAGUGUCCAUUAGCACUCGAUGCCAUCCUAGGUUUGCUGUCACUUUCAGUAAAAGGGGCAGAAGUGGCUUCCAUGACGAUGAAUGUUAUUCAGAGCAUCCCUAACUUGGACUGGCUUUCAGUGUGGAUCAAAGCAUAUGCAUUUGUGCACACUGGAGAUAAUACUAGAGCAAUCAACACCAUCUGCUCAUUAGAAAAAAAGUCUCUACUGAGGGAUAAUGUGGAUCUAUUGGGUAGCUUAGCAGACCUGUACUUCCGAGCUGGAGAUAAUAAGAACUCGAUUCUGAAAUUUGAGCAGGCACAAAUGCUGGAUCCUUAUCUGAUAAAAGGAAUGGACGUAUAUGGUUACUUACUGGCACGUGACGGUCGACUGGAGGAUGUGGAGAACUUGGGCUGCCGUCUUUUCAAUAUUUCUGAUCAGCAUGCAGAACCAUGGGUGGUGUCAGGGUGUCACAGUUUCUACAGUAAGCGAUACUCCCGUGCCUUGUAUUUAGGAGCCAAAGCUAUUCAGCUGAAUAGUAAUAGUGUUCAAGCUUUGCUGCUGAAAGGGGCUGCUCUUAGAAAUAUGGGACGAGUACAGGAGGCAAUUAUACAUUUCCGAGAAGCAAUACGCCUUUCACCUUGCAGGCUUGACUGUUAUGAAGGCCUCAUUGAUUGUUAUCUGGCAUCCAACAGUAUCCGUGAAGCAAUGGUUAUGGCUAACAAUGUGUACAAAACCCUGGGAGCAAAUGCACAGACGCUUACUCUGUUAGCAACAGUCUGUCUUGAAGAUCCAGUCACACAAGAGAAGGCGAAAACCUUAUUAGAUAAAGCACUGACACAGAGACCGGAUUACAUUAAAGCAGUGGUAAAAAAAGCAGAGCUUCUUAGUAGAGAACAGAAAUAUGAAGAUGGAAUAGCUUUGUUGAGGAAUGCACUUGCCAAUCAGAGUGACUGUGUUCUGCAUCGAAUACUAGGUGACUUUCUUGUAGCAGUCAGUGAAUAUCAAGAAGCCAUGGACCAGUACAGUAUUGCCCUAAGUUUGGAUCCCAAUGAUCAGAAGUCUUUAGAAGGAAUGCAGAAAAUGGAAAAAGAGGAGAGUCCAACAGAUGCAACCCAGGAAGAGGAUGUGGAUGACAUGGAGGGAAGUGGAGAAGAAGGGGAUUUGGAGGGCAGUGAUAGUGAAGCAGCACAGUGGGCAGAUCAAGAACAAUGGUUUGGCAUGCAGUGAAGAUUUUACUUAAACUGAUAUGGGUUUCAGUUCUUGAAUGUGCCUGAGAUCCAUUGUUUUCUGAAGGAAGAACAUCACCUGCAAUUUUUGUAUUAACAAAGUGGACUUUAUAAAAACAACCGACUCUGAAACCAUUUAAUGGUUCUCUACAUCACAGUUCUGUCAUUUUUGUGAUGCUUCCUAUUUAUCAGUUAUAAGAUUGAGCUGAACCAUGCUGGAGAUUUAUAAGAGUGACUGACUUAGUCUUUUCUUGCUAAAGCUAGAAUCUUGAGUAUAAAGCAUUUCAUGCAAUAUACCUAUUGCUAGUGCCUAAAAUGUCAAAAUUGAGUCCAAAACUAAGUAGUCUUGAUCCUUAGCUAUAGAUGUAAAUACAAGUUUUUUUUGUUUUUUUUUUUAUUCCUUUGUGAAAGGCUUUUCUUUUGUCAGGGUUCAUGCUUGAAUGUUUGUGGGAGUCACUUGUACAUAUUUGAAGGGAGCAAUUUUUCCCCUCUCUUCAGCCAAUUAACCUGUUUUGAUGUAAGGCAUUGCACUAACUUUAAAGGUGGAAUUUGUAUCUCCGGCAUCCCUGACUUAUAGGAUGCUUUGUAACUAAUCAGCUUUUAUGUGCAAAGAAUAGUGCAAUGUUAGAAUUAUAGUAAUUUCCCCAAUCCCUACAAAGCCCUAUAAUCACUUAACCUGUAUGUGAACAUUUACUUCUAAAUAGAGUUCAGUUUUAUUUAAGUAAGUUCGCGAAGGCCUUACAACAGCAGUGACACAAAGCCACUUCACAUCCAGUGCAUGGCUCUGUCAGUUAAUUAUUUUUUUAAACUUCUCCAUUGCAUCACUAGUAGAAAUUUUAAAUUAGAAUGGCUGUCUUGGCUUUCUUUAUAUUUUACACUUAAAAUAUAGCUUAACCUAUUGAAAAUAGAAUCUCGUGCUAUCACCUGCUAAAACGAUACUGAAUUGUCCACAGCAGAAAUUGUCCACAGUGGGCAUCUCUUUUUAAAAGUAAAGCUUUCCCAGAAACCAGAAAUCCAUACAGAACUAUUUCUGUGGCACUUAGACUUUGCAAAAGAACUACCCUUGUCCUAGUGUUUCACUCUUGAUUUACUUGCUUCUUGCUAAAACAUAUGUCUUUAUUACGCUUUCUAAUGGUGCUGUAGUUCACAUUGUCUUCAGUCCAUGGUCAUGCAUAGCCUUGUAAUUCUGCCUGUGGCUUCUCAAGUCUAUUGUACUGUUCAGUGCUGUCAUAGCAGCUGAAGCAGAAGUUGACUGGUUUUUGUACUGGAACUUUUUGAUAUCUAGAGCAAAUACUUGACACAAAAGAAAACAAGCUUUUCACUAACUAUAGUAGCAUAGCACAUACACAAAUAAAAUACAUGAAAUAUCUUCAUUCCCAAAAGCAUACAUAAAAAUACAUAUUAAAAGGAGAGGAUGUUUAAUCCUAAACACAUUGUAGCCUGUUGACUUUGGGAUGUUUAGCAUGUGUAAGCAUUACAGAGUCUGGAUAGCUUCUUCCUGUUCAUAGCCAGACAGCUAGCUAGAAUGGUUAGUCUCCUCUUUCCAGUCUUUUAGAUGUGUUUGAGGGUGGGGGAAACCACUAGCUUUUCUCUAGUGUCAAUUGAAUUGCACUAAAGUAAUUGAAAAAUAAGCAAGCAGGUAGCCUGCCUUACUGCCCUAUUAUUGAUGGUCUUAAUUAAGAAGUCUGUUGGUUUAUUAUCUCAUUUCACUAAACUGUGCAAUCCAAAUAGGCUACAUUUAAACUAAAAUCCUAUUUAGGUAGCUGCUCUCUGAGAUUUGUGAUCAGUACCCUUCCUGGCUCUAAUCUACUUCAUGAAGAUUUCAGCUGUUUGUCAUUUGGCAGUGGAUUGUGAUAGGUUUCAACUCCUUUCAUGUUGUUAAUUCUUUACAGAAGGAAACUAGAAAACAAACUGUUCAUUUUGCAAUCUGUCCAUUUCUUCUUUUCUCUGCAAUAAACCUCAAAAUCUGUGCUGCUUCUGAAGGUUAACAAA